GCAGCAUCCCUGGAGAACAUGUGUAGGAAGGAACUGCAGGUGCUGGUUUAAACUGAAGAUGGACACAAAACGCUGGAGUAACUCGGCGGGACAGGCAGCAUCUCUGGAGAGAAGGAGUGGGUGACGUUUCGGGUCGAGACCCUUCUUCAGACAUUUUGGUUGGGACCCUAGUGGAUAGCUCCUUGCACUGGAAGACCAGUCAGGUGCAUGCUGGAAGGAUCAAAGAAAGAGUACAAGUUCAAGGUGCAGGAUGAUUCGACGGCACACCAACUGGUUCUGAGAACGGUAUGCGUGGGGCCAGACACGAAGGAUGAACUGCAUGUCAUUGAGCUGGAAGCCAUGAGUGCCAAUGGGAAAAUGAUUAAAAUGCCCUUAACAUCUCUGAAACCGUCCGUUCUGACUUCAAUGGGUCUGGGUGGAUUUGAAGUGUCUCCUCCAGUCCGUUUCUGCCUGAAGACCGGUUCUGGUCCUAUUUAUAUCAGUGGGGAACAUAUCAUUGGCGUGCCCGACUCAGAUUCUGAAUCCGAAGAUGAUCAGGUGAAAGGCACUGCCAGGAGAGAACCUAUGAAGCGUGAGUCAUCUUCCACCGCAGAACAACCUGCAAAGAAAAUUGCAAAGUUAGAAAAGUCACCGAAAGCGAAAGGUAAAAGCGAUGAAGGAGAUGACGCUGAUGAUGAAGAGGAUGAUGAUGAAGAUGAGGACGAAGAGGAGGAGGAGGAGGAGGAAGAUGCUGAUGACGAGGAUGUGGCAGAGGAUGAGGAUGAUGAUGAAGAGGAGAUGGCAAAGACUCUUCCAAAGAAAACAGUCAAUACUCCGGGAAAAAACACAAAGCGAGAAGAGAAAUUAAAGCCCGUGAAAACGUCCAAGACUGAAAUCACAGUCGAUGAUAUUAAAACCAAAAUGAAGACCAUUGUUCAAAAGGGGCAGCACCUACCGAAGACCAUGCAGAAGUUUCAAAACUUUGUCAAAAGCUCGUUUCGAUUCGAAGAUCAAAAAGUCGUUGAGGAGCUGUGGACCUGGGGCCAGACCUUGAAGCGUGCCAAGUGAAGGAUGCCCGAGUUUACGCGCUUGUUUCCCUCGAAGACCGUCCACCGCUUCACAGCCAUCGAUGGAGGUCCCUCAUCCAACCAAAAAAGACGUUGAUUCUGUCUGCAGGAUAUCCGCUGACCACAUUUUGUUUGGAAGUGUUUUGGUGUCACAGAUAAGUCAUCCUUCGCUGUGUCCCUUUACGUUUCCCGAGUGAAAGCCCUGUCCCACUGUACGAGUUCAUUCAAAGAGUUCUCCCGAGUUUGCCCUGAUUCGAGCUUGUAGAUUUACGGUAACGGCAGCUCGUAGGUACUCGGGGCUCUCGUGGACAUUUGUCAACAUGUUGAAAAGUCUUCCCGAGCUUACCGCGUUUCCCGAGUACCUGCCGUUAGCGUUACGAGCCGCUAAGAGACGUCCCCAAGCUCCGACAUACCCGCUACGUUCGUUCUAAGUGCUUACCACGAGUUUGAUUUUUUUUAAAACUCGGGAGAGCUCUUGAAUGAACUCGCACAGUGGGACAGCCCCAUUACUCCAAAGGCAACUUAAGAAGGAAACUGGAAAUGCAAGAAUCACAGCAGGUGUAUGUAUGAGCAUCAUUGCAAAAUGUUGGGUUCUUAUAAUACUGGCACUCUAGAGCAAAAACUGCUGGAGAAAGCAGUGGGCCAGGCAGCAUCUCUAGAGGACAUGGAUACACGACAUUUAGGGUCAGGAGAUAGACACAACAUGCUGGAGUAACUCAGCGGGUCAAGCAGCAACUGUGGAGAAAAGGACAAUAGACAAAUAGGUGCAAGAGUAGGCCAUUCGGCCCUUCGAGCCAGCACCGCAUUUUCAAUGUGAUCAUGGCUGAUCAUCCGUUCCCGCCUUCUCCCUGUAUCACCUGACUCCGCUAUCUUUAAGAGCCCUAUCAAACUCUCUCUUGAAAGCAUCCAGAGAAUUGGCCUCCACUGCCUUCUGAGGCAGAGAAUUCCACAGACUCACUAUAGGUGAAGAGGUGAAGUUUCAUGUCGAGACCCUUCUUCAGUGAGAGUCAGGGGAGCUGGAAACUAGAGGUAUGAAAUCAGAGCCGGCACCGAUACCCAAGGAUGGAUGGAGCCCCGCGUUGACCCAGGAAAGGUGGGGCUCAUAAUCUGAGGGCUCCACCUCUUCUGGCUCUUCGGUGCCAGCUCUGAAUUGCUCUGUACUUUUUCAUACCUCUAGUUUCCCUUUCCCCUGACUCUGUGAAGAAUAGCUAGUAGACAAUUAGUGCAGGAGUAGGCCAUCCAGCCCUUCGAGCCAGCAUCGCCAUUCAAUGUGAUCAUGGCUGAUCAUCACCCAAUCAGUACCCCGUUCCUGCCUUCUCCCCAUAUCCCCUGACUCCUUUAGCUAUCUUUAAGAGCCCAAUCUAGCUCUCUCUUGAAAGUAUCUAGAGAACCUGCCUCCACUGCCCUCCGAGACAGAGAAUUCCACAGAUUCACAACUCUCCGUGAAAAAAGUGUUUCCCCAUCUCCGUUCUAAAUGGCUUACCCCUUAUUCUUAAUCUGUGGCCCUUGGUCCUUGACUCCCCCAACAUCGGGAACAUGUUUCCUGCCUCUAACGUGUCCAAACCAUUAAUAAUCUUGCAUGUUUCAAUAAGAUUCCCUCUCAUCCUUCUAAACUCCAGAGUGUACAAGCCCAGCUGCUCCAUUCUCUCAGCAUAUGACAGUCCCGCCAUCCCGAGAAUUAGCCUUAAACCUACGCUGCACGCCCUCAAUAGCAAGAAUGUCCUUCCUGAAAUUUGGAGACCAAAACUGCACACAAUUUUGGAGACCAAGGGUCUCGACACCAAACAUCGCCUAUCCAUGUCCUCCAGAGAUGCUGCCUGACCCGCUGAGUAACUUUGUGUUCCACGCAAGAUUCCAGCAUGCGCAGUUCUUUGUUUCUACAUUUACUAACCUAACCUACUAAUUGAUAUGAGAAUUGAUCUGCACUAAAAUAUUAAAAUCUCUCUUAUUUAGAUGCUGACAGACCCGCUGUGCAUUUUCAGCACUGUUAUAUUUAUUGAUUUUAUAUUUCUUAAGCUCAUUUUAUGUGGCUCAGCGCCCAAUAAACUCCGCGCAGACAGAUGCAUGUAAAA